AUGGAUGAUAGCUCCGUAUCUCAUCACAACGGAGGGCAAGUGGGAUCUCAAAUCGGAGUUAGUGUAAAUAACAAACAAAACGACGAACCUAGUCAAAGUGUCCAGUAUUCAAUACCGGGAAUUUUGCAUUUUAUUCAACAUGAAUGGGCGAGAUUCGAGCUGGAGAGAUCACAAUGGGAGGUGGAUAGAGCAGAAUUUAAGGCACGUAUCGCCUUCCUUGAAGGCGAACGAAAGGGGCAAGAGAAUCUGAAGAAUGACCUUGUAAGGCGAAUCAAGAUGCUUGAAUAUGCGCUUAAGCAGGAAAGGGCGAAGUUCCACAAGCUCAAAUACGGUGUUGAGCUACAACAGGGCGAUGUCCGCCCGCCACCAGAGGAGCCAACUUCGGAGCCUGAACACGCUGAACGCGCGCAGUGGAAGCAAGGCCGCCAGCUCAUAAAACAGUACCUGCAAGAAAUAGGUUACACAGAUACCAUUCUUGAUGUACGUUCGAACAGAGUACGCGCAUUGCUUGGUUUGAACAAUGAGGAAAUUGAGAACCCUAACUACAGAAACUAUGACAAGCAACAGCACGACAGAUGUGAUUACUCUAUGAAUCACAUGGUCCGAAAAUAUGAUUAUGGUGGCAAAGAAGCGCGUAAAAGUACGGGCGGAGGCGGAUAUAACGAGGAAGGCCUCUCAGUUCAAGAAACAGCGGCUGUCUUCGCCAAUUUUGAAUUUCUAACAAACCAAGAGAUGGACAUGGAUGAGAUAGACGAUCUCGAUGCCAAACAAUCACACCACAUUUGUAGCAAAAAAGGCGAGGACCUCGACCUUGAAGCUGAAGAGGUCCUGAAUGAGCUGAGUUUGAUCACAGAAAGAGAAGCUGAUGGCGGUGGCCAAGGCGACGAAUAUCCCGUCGGCGGGAGCGCGGGCGGCGCGGGCGCGGGGGCGGCGGCGGGCGCGGGCGCGGGCGAGGCCGACGAGGAGCCGCUGGCGCUGGGCGAGCUGGCGCAGCUCACCGUCAGCAACGAGCCCGAGGCGUACGACGUCGCCAGCGCUAACAAGGAGUCCUUCCGCAAGACCUGGAAUGCCAAAUAUACGUUGCGUUCGCAUUUCGACGGAGUGCGGGCGUUGGCGUUCCAUCCCACCGAGGCGGCGUUGGUCACGGCGUCCGAAGACCACACGUUAAAGCUGUGGAACCUGCAACGCACGGUGCCCGCCAAGAAGUCCGCCGGGCUCGACGUAGAGCCGCUGUACACCUUCCGCGCUCACACCGCGCCCGUACUGUGCCUCGCUAUGGGUGCACCGCGCUCCGAGGAGUGCUUCUCGGGCGGCCUCGACGGCACCAUCCGCGUCUGGAACCUGCCGCCUCCCACUGCCGACCCCUACGAUCCCUACGACCCUGCGGUCCAGGGCGCGGUGCUCCGCGACCACACGGACGCGGUGUGGUCGCUGGCGGCCGCGCACGGGCGGCUGCUGUCGGCGUCGGGCGACGGCACGGUGCGGCUGUGGGCGCCCCGCGCGGCGCGGCCGCUGCUGGCCACGCUGCGCGCGGACGAGUCGCCCAGCGCGCCCGCGCCCGCCGCCGCCGACUUCGCCGACGCGGCCGCGCGCGCCGCGGUCGCCUACCGCGACGGCUCCCUGCUGCUGUACGACCUCGAGACCGGCCAGGCGGUGCUGCGCGCGGGCUGCGAGGCGGGCGCGACGCGCGUGCGCGCGCACCCGACGCUGCCGCUGCUGGUGACGGCGCACGAGGACCGCCACAUCCGCUUCUGGGACGCGGUGUCGGGCCGCUGCGCGCACGCCAUGGUGGCGCACCUGGACGCCGUCACGGGGCUGGCGCUGGACCCCAACGGGCUGUUCCUGCUGUCGGGCUCGCACGACUGCUCCGUGCGCCUGUGGAACCUCGACACGAAGACGUGCGUGCAGGAGAUCACGGCGCACCGCAAGAAGUUCGACGAGAGCAUCCUGGACGUGGCGUUCCACCCGCUGCGGCCGUACAUCGCGAGCGCGGGCGCGGACGGGCUCGCCAAGGUGUUCGUGUGA